GCCCAAAAGAUAACAGGCUGCUUCUCUCAAGAGUCAAGACUACAAACGCUAUAUAUAAGAUUUCUGGUCAUUUACCCUAGGCGUGCCAAACAUAUCUUCUGCCGCCGUCAGAUCACGCACCUGACUGUCUGCUGAAACGCUGCUAUCCGAUUUUUAUUUCUAUGUUCCAUCUCUGCAGCUCUCCAUCGUCUUGUCGAUUAUAGAACGUUUUACCUUCUAUCGUUGAUGAUUGCUAUUUUUAUCGCCGGCUCUCCGUAUGUUUACACCCAAGCGCCAAAGAAGAGGAACAAAUAAAUAGCAAUUAUAAGUUGGAGAUUCUUCUGGAAGAUCAAAUUAAACUCACCGGAUAAUCAAGGAAAGAAGUUUCAGCCGUCCAAGCAGGCUGUAACCAGCAACAAGGAGAAGGAGAAAAUGAUAGAUUUACCAGCUAAAGGGACCGAUAUGCGGGAGUUGCCAUUGAGAUACCAUAGUAAGGGGGUUACUAUUGCCUCCCCACCAAGACCCACACCUCAAGUCCAUGAAAAUGCCAUGAUUUCCAAAUCUAAAGAUCAAUCAUCUACGGAUGUGAGGACAGUAAUCAAAAAACGAAAGAGGAGAAAUAAGCAGCAAAAUAUUGUUGUACUUGAACCUUCUUCUUGGAACAGGAUCUGUCCACAAGAUGUGGUUGACGCUGGAAUGCAUCUGAAUCCAGCAAAAAAGAAGCAUUCUGCUUGGUUCAGUUUAACUCCUUCCUGUGAUCAGAACAGAAAGAACACUCUGCAACUUUUAGUGGAACCAUACUUACAGAUAAUCAUGGAGGGGAACUGUAAUCCAGAUGUGUCUAUUCUCAUGAAGUAUAUCGCAUUGCAACUUAAGCAUGUUCGCCAACAGGAGGUUGGUAUCUUCUUGAAUGGAAAACUUCUUGCCCCGGAAAUGAAGCUACUUGAUGUGGUGAAACAGUGGAUGGCUAUUGUUGAUUCAGAGAGGAAAAUAACCAAGAUUGGAAGUUCUGCUGAGAACUUCUGUGUGAAGCUGACUUAUGCUUGAAGAGAAUAGACAAAAGUAUGCAUUUAUAAUAAAAUCCAACAAAGCUUUGUUCCUUAAUUGUGCCAUUUAACCGAUUGACUUUUACAAUUUCUUGGUUAAUGCUGAUCGAAUGAAUUAAUUAGUUGGUUCCAUAGUGAUUA